AUGGCUGGCGAGUGGUCCGAGCAUCAAGACGCCGCAACUGGAAAGAGCUACUACUCCAACAAGCUUACCAAAGAGACUACCUGGGAGCGCCCCCAGGCCCUCGUCAAGGCUGAUUGGCUGGAGCUCAAAGAUCCGGAUAGUGGGAAGAGUUACUACCACAACAAGUUCACCAACGAGACGUGCUGGCAGCGGCCGGCGAUACUGGCGAAGGAUGACUGGGCGGAGCACACGGAUCCGAAAACGAAUAAAGCUUUUUAUUUCAACAAGCUCACUCAAGAAACCACCUGGGAGAGGCCCGCUGUAUUGGCUCGGGAUGACUGGGCAGAGCACAAGGACCCAGCAACUGGGAAGAUAUUCUAUUCAAACAAGCUCACUGGCGAGACGUCUUGGGACAGGCCGAUAGUCCUUGCAAGAGAAGACUGGGUCAAGCACACAGAUCCGAAGACGAAUAAGACCUUCUACGUCAACCAGCGCACCCAGGAGACCACUUGGGACAAGCCAUCUGUGCUUGAAAAGGAUGAGUGGGUUGAGUACAAGGACCCGGCGACUGGACAGAUGUAUUUCUGCAAUAAGGUCACGAGAGAAACAACAUGGGAAAAGCCAGCCGUGCUUGCGAAAGAUGAUUGGUCUGAGCACAAGGAUCCAACGUCUGGGAAGACGUAUUACUGCAACAGGCUCACCAAGCAGACUUGCUGGGAGAGGCCGGCGGUACUUGCCAAGUGUGACUGGGUCGAGUACAGCGACGCAGCUACGGGCAAGACCUGGUACUACAACAAGCAUACUGAAGAGACUUCAUGGGAGAAGCCAGCCGUGCUUCGAAACGUUGAUGCAUCCGAGCACACUCCGGCACCGCAGUUCCCUGAAAAGCCGGCACGGCCCAAAGAGGCCGAGAUCAACAAGCCGUCAUCGCAACCAGAAGUUCAAUCUGCCCCACAGGCAGUCCCAGUCAAAUCCAAG